UACAAACAAGCGGCCUUGUCUUCCUUGCAACCUUAUCUUCGCACAGACAGUGAUCACUAUCACCAGAAUUUUCCAGGCACUCUACCGUCGCAUGGUUGCUGUAGAACAUCGCCGGUUCGUUCAUGUGGUGCUACUACUACACAGUGGAUUUACAACAACGUGGAUGAAGCAGGUCGCUACUGCAUAUAUGGAUGAAAUUUGUUAUUGUGGCACGCAGGUAGUGCGUUUCUUUUGUGUCAUGCGGAAAAUAUCGUGCUCGGCGUGCUUGAGGGGUCAUCAUCGAAUGAAGGUUGGUUCCUCCGGAGUCCGCCGAAGCCCUGAUUGGCCGGCGCGCCCCGGUGCGUGCCAAAACCACAGCGUACACAAGUUUAAAAUCCAUCGAAGCAAUGUAAUUAAAGAGUUUGGAAAAUGCUCGAGGCUCAGUACCAGCGUCUGGGGAGCAAGACGUAACAGAACGGUCAUUAUGCAUGAUUGGAAGGUAGCACUGAAUAACUGCAGAAGCGACCUCGGCCUUACAGAAGGUUUUCACACUCAGGAAAAGAUCUGCAAUGACCCAGAGGUCUACUACGAGAUUAUUGCGUGCAUGCGGAAGAAGGAACCUGACAGUCUCAGACAUAAGAACGCCACCGAGAAGGCCAAAAUAGAGUCACUCAUGAGAUGCUACAAGAAAGCUUACCAGAAGUACAAAGAAAUCAUUAUGAAGUAACGCCCAAGGGGGCUUUUCGUCUCAAUUAUCCUUGUCUCAGCAUCAAAUGGCAGGUUGUGUAAUAAACGGAGCAGCUUUC